AUGUCAACACAAGCAGCGCGAAGUAUUCGCUUCACACACAACUCUCCGCAACAAGCCUUUCGCUUAGUAGAGUUGACGCCUGAUCUUCUGGAAUUGAUAUCGUCGCCAAAUGCACCGACUUUGCACCUCAAAUCCCCAGCAACCGACGACCCAACAGGAUCAGAGAACAACACUGCAUACGUAAACCUGUGCACACCAACAAAAACAUUCCGAAUACGCCAAGUCCAAUCCUCCAACUCGAUACAUAUUAUCAAACCAAGCGACGGCCAGAACAAGGUGAUUACGUUGAGCAAGCGACAGAAACAUGAUGGUGAAGACGAGAAUGAUACAGAAAUUGCACCAGAAACAGUAACGGCGAUAGCGAAAUGCGGAUCGACACUGGAAUUGCAGGGUUUGAGUAACGAGGAAAGUUUUGCUUUGGCGAAGAGCAUGCUUGCGCGGAUAUUGAGGGUUUGGGAUGAAGGUAUGACUUUUGAUAAUGAUGAUGAGGAUGUUGAUAUGGACGGAGGUGAAGCCACGGAGCUUCUUCCUAUGAAUCGAAAUAUGUUGGUGAAGAAAGCGGUCAUUGGUGAUCUCCCCUUCGCAGAUACCCAAUGCCAAAAAGCAUGGAUUGAGCUCUGUGCAUUCGUACCGGGGAAUUACAAGUCCCCGAGCGGGGAAAGGCCAGCCUUCCAGCCAUCAGCAACGGUCAAAUUGGGUAUAUGGAAGAGAAUAUUGGAAGGAUGUAUUUUACAAAAUAUCGAUGUGGAGAAACAAUUCCUUGUGGGGGAUUUAUGGAAAGCUGUUUUGGGCGAUGAAGAUGAUGAUGAUCAUGAGAGAGAGAAGACGAUGUCGCGAUCUUUGUUUGAUGCGGUUGUUAAAAGACUCGCAGAACGGAGUGGUGAGAAUGGGAUUGACGGCGCCGCUGAGUUGAAAUGGUCAAAUCUGGACAAGGACGUCUGUAUCAAAUGGAUAGGCGAAACCUACCUCGAAGCAACCGCGCCGACUGAAAAACGUGCUAUCGGUCAAUCGGAAUUCCUAAAUGCUUGGAAGGAUUUAUUACCCGAGACGUGGCGGACUGAAGCCUUGUUAAGCAAUUUACCGGAGGCUUCAUACAAACGUCCGGACCCGGUAUCAAUAUAUUUCGUGCCGGAAUCGGAGAGAGAAAACGCAAAGAAGGAAGCUCAGGGUGCUGCGGGCAGCGGUAUUAAAGUUAAGAAUUCGAGGAAUUGGCAUGAGCGAUUCAAAGGUCAGAGGAAGUGA